AUGACUCAAGCGAAAGAACGGAGGGGAGAUUAACAAGGAUUCUCAUCGGCAACGGCGCCACUCUUGUUGUUAUUAUUAUUAUUAUUCAUUUAAAGGUAGAUCAUCAACAAUGGGCAGCACCGACUCAAAACUGAACUUCAGGAAAGCAGUGAUUCAGCUUACAACCAAAACGCAGCCAGUGGAAGCCACAGAUGAUGCCUUCUGGGACCAGUUCUGGGCGGAGAGCACCACCACAGUCCAGGAUGUCUUCGCACUGGUUCCAGCUGCGGAAAUCAGGGCCCUACGGGAGGAGUCCCCCUCCAAUUUAGCUACAUUGUGCUAUAAGGCUGUGGAGAAACUGGUGCAGGGGGCUGACUCAGGCUGCUCCAGCGAGAGGGAGAAGCAGGUGGUCCUGAACUGCAUUCGCAUCUUGACCCGCAUCCUGCCCUACAUCUUUGAAGACCAGGACUGGAGGGGUUUCUUCUGGUCCACCGUGCCCGGUGCCGGCCGAGCCGGGGCAGAGGAGCUGGACGACGACGAAGGAGCUCGCCCACUGGCCGAGUCGCUCCUCCUGGCCAUCGCCGACUUGCUCUUUUGUCCCGACUUCACCGUGCACAGCCACAGAAGAGGCCCGGACUCGGUGGAGAGCAUGCACUCCAUAGACAGCUGUGAAUACAUCUGGGAAGCAGGAGUGGGCUUCGCGCAGUCCCCCCCUCUCAACUACAUCCAUGAUUUGAAUCGCACGGAGCUGCUGAGGUUGCUGCUCACCUGCUUCUCCGAGGUCAUGUACCUGCCCGCCUCGGCGGACAACCAAGUCCUCAACCCCUGGGUGACCUUCUUCUGCUCCGCUGAGAAUCGGCACGCUUUGCCCCUGUUCACCUCGCUGCUCAACGUGGUGAGCGCCUACGACCCGGUGGGCUACGGCAUCCCGUACAACCACCUGCUCUUCUCCGACUACCGGGAGCAGCUGGUGGAGCAGGCCGUGCAGAUCCUCAUUGUGACCCUGGAGCACGACGGAGGGGCUUCCCACUGCCCGUCGUCUCUGUCCAGCGUGGAGGAACGCGAGUCCACAGGCCCCGAAAACCUGUUUGUGAAUUAUUUGUCGAGGAUUCACAGAGAGGAGGAUUUUGACUUUGUACUGAAAGGGUUGGCUCGUCUGCUCACCAACCCUUUGACUCAAACGUACCUGCCCAAUUCCACCAAAAAGAUCCAGUUCCACCAGGAGCUCCUGGUGCUCUUCUGGAAGCUCUGCGACUUCAAUAAGAAAUUCCUCUUUUUUGUCCUGAAGAGUAGCGACGUACUUGACAUUUUGGUUCCAAUCCUCUACUACCUUAAUGAUGCCAGAGCUGACCAGUCCCGUGUUGGCCUGAUGCACAUCGGCGUGUUCAUCCUGCUGCUGCUGAGCGGCGAGAGGAACUUCGGCGUGCGCCUGAACAAGCCCUACGCCCUCCAUGUGCCCAUGGACAUCCCUGUGUUCACGGGCACUCACGCCGACCUGCUGAUCGUGGUCUUCCAUAAGAUUAUCACCACGGGCCACCAGCGUUUACAGCCUCUGUUCGACUGCCUGCUCACCAUUGUCGUGAACGUGUCACCCUAUUUGAAAAGUCUGUCCAUGGUAGCGGCUAAUAAGCUGCUCCACCUGCUGGAGGCCUUCUCCACCAGCUGGUUCUUGUUCUCUGCCAUCCAGAACCACCAUCUAGUCUUUUUCCUCCUGGAGGCAUUCAACAACAUCAUACAGUACCAGUUUGAUGGGAACUGCAACCUGGUGUACGCCAUCAUCCGCAAGCGGAACCUCUUCCACCAGCUGGCCAACCUUCCGUCAGACCCGGCCUCCAUCCAGAAGGGCCUGCAGAGGAAGAGGAAGUCGCCUGACGUCAUCUCCCGCACCAGCUCGCAGGAGACCGUCUCCAUGGAGGGUUCCCGCCCCGCCGUGCCCGCAGAGCCUGGCACCCUGAAGGCCAGCUUGGUCGCCAUUCCGGGUAUUGACAAACUGACUGAGAAGUCUCAGGUGUCCAAGGAUGGUACCAUGGUGUCCGUCCCCAAAAUGGAGCACUCAGAGCAGAUCGCCACCACCGGGACCAGCGACACUGAAUCCAACUCGGGCAGAGACAAUGAAGAUGUUUUCUACACUGAGGCAGAAAUGGAGCGGAGACGUUUGUCAAGUGCUUCUUCAGCAUCCAGUUGGGGUCCCACGCCAGACUGGGUUCUGUCCUGGAAGUGUAAGCUCCCCUUGCAGACCAUCAUGCGCCUGCUCCAGGUGUUGGUUCCACAAGUGGAGAAGAUCUGCAUCGACAAGGGCCUGACGGAUGAAUCGGAGAUCCUGAAGUUCCUCCAGCACGGCACGUUAGUUGGCCUGCUGCCCGUCCCUCACCCCAUCCUCAUCCGGAAGUACCAGGCCAACGCGGGCACGGCUAUGUGGUUUCGCACGUACAUGUGGGGCGUGGUCUACUUGCGCAAUGUGGACCCUCCCAUCUGGUACGACACGGACGUGCGCCUCUUUGAGAUUCAGAAGAUGUAGACGCGCGCGACUACAGCGCGUCGAGUUGACAGUGUUGAAGCCGCACCAUAAUCCUCACGACGCGUGCCGAGCGCUCAUUUCUUAUCAGUUAUCAAUAUUGUCCGUAGGCAACUCGUUACAUGUUGUACUGACCUCAAGAAUGUGCAGCUGGUUUCAGUUUUAGCCUAAAAAAAUAAAUAAAAUUCAGGUCAAGUCAGAUUCAGAGACGACAUCACCGUCAUAGUGACGACGCGUCGUUUUUUUUUGCCCCCACUGUCGUAGGGGCAUUCGCCUCCAAUUCGGGGGAAGCGCUCAGGUCAUGAGCUAGGAUGCCUGUUUGACACCUCAAAAAUAUUGCAAACAUGAAUUCCCAGCCAUGCCAAUUGUCACAUAUCAAAGUCACACACAUCACGUCACGUGACUUUGGGGGACUACGCUCUCGCUGUGUAAAUGUAUUAUUGACAUGCUUGAAAGUCAACUUGCACUUUUUUUAUGUAACAGUACAAACUACUAGACUGGAUUGUUUUGAGUUUCUAACAUUGUUUAAAACUAUUUUCAUUAUUCUCUCUCUCUCUCUAUAUAUAUAUAUAUAUAUAUACCAAAAUGUAUUGUGGAUACUAAAUGCAGUAUCUAAAUAUUGAGUGAUUAAAAAAAAAAAAUAUAUGAUAACCUG